CCGAGCGUCGGUUUGUCUGGUUUCUAUGACGACGGCGAGGCCGGCUACGAGGCCUCGGCGGCGGUCGGAGACAAGAUGAAGCUGAAGCGGUUCUUGCUGCGAUAUUACCCGCCGGGCAUUAUAUUAGAAUAUGUUCAAGGCGGAGAAGUGAAAACAAAAUCCAUAGAUUUACUAGAUCUCAGUACUGCUACAGAUGUAGGAGCCUUAGUAGAAGAUAUUAGAAAAGCAGAACCUCUCAUCACAGCAUCACGUAAAGACCAGGUUGUACAUUUAAUACUGCGAUUACAAGAGAAGCUGGGACAACAGGUGGACCACAAGUUCUAUCUUUUUAAGGUACUUCGGGCACAUAUAUUGCCACUGACUAAUGUUGCCUUUAAUAAAUCUGGUUCUUGCUUUAUCACUGGAAGCUAUGACAGAACAUGCAAACUCUGGGACACAGCAUCAGGAGAAGAGUUACGGUCUCUGGAAGGACAUAGAAAUGUGGUUUAUGCAAUUGCUUUCAACAAUCCUUAUGGUGACAAGAUUGCUACUGGAUCGUUUGACAAGACCUGCAAAUUAUGGAGUGUGGACACAGGAAAAUGCUAUUACACCUUUAGAGGACACACUGCAGAAAUAGUUUGCUUGUCGUUUAAUCUUCAAAGCACACUGGUUGCUACUGGAAGUAUGGAUACUACUGCUAAACUAUGGGACAUACAGAGUGGAGAAGAAGUGGUCAGAUUAACAGGGCACUCUGCAGAGAUCAUUGCUUUAUCAUUUAACACCACAGGAGACAGGAUCAUCACAGGUUCCUUUGACCAUACAGUUGCAGUGUGGGAUGUUGGCACAGGCAGGAGGAUGCAUACUUUAAUAGGCCAUCGUGCGGAAAUAAGUAGUGCACAGUUCAACUGGGACUGUACUUUGAUAAUCACUGGAUCAAUGGACAAAACAUGCAUGCUGUGGAAUGCUCUGACUGGCAAGCGUGUGGCAACUUUAACAGGCCAUGAUGAUGAAGUACUAGAUGUUUGUUUUGAUUAUACUGGGCAGCGUAUUGCAACUGCUUCAGCUGAUGGUUCAGCAAGAGUUUAUGAUACAGAAACAAAAAAAUGUAUUGCAAAACUCGAAGGUCAUGAUGGAGAAAUUUCAAAGAUCUGUUUCAAUCCUCAAGGCAGUCGUAUUCUUACAGCCAGCUCGGAUAAGACAGCUCGACUUUGGGAGCCUCAGACAGGGCAAUGCAUUCAAAUACUAGAUGGACACACCGAUGAUAUAUUUUCAUGUGCUUUCAACUAUAAGGGCAAUAUAAUUAUUACAGGUAGCAAGGAUAAUACAUGUAGGAUAUGGCGCUAACUGAGGACAACAUCUGACCCAACUUCCUAGCAGAUUUCAUACAAGUUUCUUAUACAGACAAUAACCCUUAAGCCUUUCAAAAACCUGUGUUGGCCUCUAUUUCUCUGUCUUUUUUAAAGUUUACUGAAGUAGUAGAUUUAUUUCCUGGACCCAUGGAAUUAACUACGUUAGCUAGUUAUGUCAUAGACUGAUAUAUAUUAUUAGUGAUUAGAUUCUGACAAAUGACAUUGUUUUCCUUAUAAUGAUUUAUAAGCCAG